CCUGAUUGGUUCGCGGUGGCCGCGGCAGGCCAGGCUCCCUCCUCGCGCUCAGGCGGGUUAUUGUCUGUCGACUUUCUGAGGCGGCUCUAGCUCGGAAUCGGGACCGGUCCUCACAGGGCAGCGACGGAACCAUGGCUGGAGGCAAGGCUGGCAAGGACAGUGGAAAGGCUAAGGCAAAGGCAGUGUCUCGCUCACAAAGAGCUGGACUUCAGUUCCCAGUGGGUCGUAUCCAUAGACACUUGAAGACUCGCACCACAAGCCAUGGACGAGUUGGUGCUACUGCUGCUGUGUACAGUGCUGCAAUUCUCGAAUACCUCACUGCUGAGACAAAAAAGAAGCAUUAUCAGAAUUCAAGGACAUAUUCCAGUCAGGCAAAAGCACUUGAGGUUUUGGAAUUGGCAGGUAAUGCCUCCAAGGAUCUCAAGGUAAAACGUAUCACUCCUCGUCAUUUGCAGCUUGCUAUUCGUGGUGAUGAGGAAUUGGAUUCCCUUAUUAAAGCUACCAUUGCUGGUGGAGGUGUAAUUCCUCACAUCCACAAGUCUCUGAUUGGAAAGAAGGGGCAGCAGAAAACUGCAUAGAGAGGAGUUUUAAACAGCCCUCUUCCUCCCUGUCAUUGUACUGUAACUGGGACAGAAGAAAUAUGGGGAUAUGUGGAAUUUUUUAAAAAAAAUAGUUAAAUGGAAGAGCAUAGACAAUUGACUGUAGACUUAAAACAUUUGUAUGUUCUUUAGAUUCAAAGUUUGACACAAAAGUACCUUGUUACGUGGCAGCAAUUUGUGUGUUGAUUGGCUAGGUUUCUCCCAUGUGUUUUAUACAAAAAUGGAACUGAUAAAACCAUUUUUUACAAAA